AAAGCUCACAGACAUAACAACACAGCAAUGGGAAAUCGCAUUCCUCAAGAAAUUCUCUCAGUACGAUAUGAAGACGGGAAAUGGUCAAAACCUUAUUACGACUGUGGUGGAGGUAACAUCUGGAUGUUAACGUACACCGUGCCCUUCUUUGGAUAUGUCAACAGUACCUACAUAUUCAAGGGUACAAGCGGUAUAGACAUCGACUUACGACGAGUAGAUAUUGAUCAGUGUCCUCUUCCAAAGGGAGGCACACAGCUAAAUAUUUUUGCCGCAUCAGAUAAAUGCAAGAGAAGAACCACUAUGUGUGUCCCAAUUCCAGGAUUAGGAUUCCGGCGGGGAAGCUACAAGUGCGUGUGCAGACCUGGAUUCUAUUUUCCAGACAUAAAGGCCGAAAGGCGGUAUUACAACGGGACUGUCCUGGAGGAGGAGUACGAGAAGCGUAUGCUGGGCGAAGACAACCAAUACGAUAAAGAAGGGAUGUUCGAAUGUCUGACUUGUCCAGAAGGAUGUGAAUCGUGUGAGGAUGAACGGCCCUGUGUGGUUACUCUAAACUGGGUUAUGCGGACGGUUAUUUUGAUUCUCUCAUGCGUUAUCAUUUGCUGUUUGCCCAUUGUUGUCUUUUUCACUUGGAAAUACGGAAAUGUCAAGGUUGUUCGUGCUGCAAGUCCUGUUUUACUCCGGGUGAUAGCACUGGGAGCCUUCUUCAUCUACAGUACUAUGAUUGUAAUGUACCCGAAACCAACGGUAUACACAUGUACCGCACGAGUGUGGCUUCGCGAAAUUGGUUUCUCCCUCACCUAUGGGGCUCUAAUGCUGAAAACUUGGAGAAUAUCCGUUAUAUUCCGAGUUCGUUCAGCUAAGGCUGUUAAGAUCACGGAUACGAAUCUGCUGAAGAGGCUGGGCGUAAUACUGACAAUUUUUACCGCUUUCCUGAUAAUUCGCACCCUGGUUGCGCCCCCUGUCGUCAUCGUAGGAAGGACCGCCGAUGAUCUUAAGGCCUAUCUCUGUAGGACGGAUUGGUGGGAUCACUUGUUCUCGACAUUGGAAGUCCUCUUUUUGGUUUGGGGAAUCAGACUGUGCAUUGUUGUGAGAAAAGCGCCAUCCGAGUUCAAUGAAAGCCGAUUUAUCUCCAUGGCAAUUUACAACGAGUUCUUAUUAUCAGUGUUUCUUAAUAUAUCGAUGUUGUUCUUGCAGAAACCCGCUAAUCCUGAUUUAAUGUAUAUCAUAUUCUUCUGUCAUACCCAGCUGACAGUAACACUGCUUCUGUGUCUAAUAUUUGGGAGUAAAGUAUUCAUGGUGUUUAAAAAUAAAGGUAGAACUGAUGAGAGCUCAAUGGUGUCAAAAAUACCGUCUUCAAAAUUCAUCACCAAAAGUCGCUCUGAUAAUCCGCAAUACAGUACCAACUCUUCGACUGGAGGAGGACCAGAUUUUACGUACUCUAAAUACAAUGAACAAGACGUCCAAGAGGAGUUUCUCAGACUCUAUACUCAACUUGAAAUACUACGUGAAAGAAAUAUGAGAAUGGGAAACAGACAUUUGGCUUCAAAAAUAAUCGCAAUGCAAGACGCAGCUAGAUCGCAUGACAGUUCGGGUCAGAAUCCCAUUAAUUCCAGUACUAGUCUUGCUGCUAUUGCCGACACUACCAUAGAAGAUGUAUCCCCAAUAAAAAUAAAGAGACAGAGUGUAUCUUUCGCCGUUGAAGCAAAACCGAAUGCAAAUGGAGAUACUCCAGUAGUAAAAGGCGAGAAAGAUGAAGAAGUCGUGACUACAACAACUGAAGAGACUAUUGCAACAAGUUCAACAUAUCCCACUGCAUCACCUGAAACGAAACAGAAAGAAGCAAAAAAUUCCGGAUCUGAUAGUAAUGGUCGCUAUCUUAUGUCUGGCCAUGCAAAAACCCAUUCUAUUGUUAUUAAUUUAGAUGAUAAGAGCCGUUUCACUGAUGAAAUAACUGUUUAAUAUGUUUUUUUAUUUACCAUGUACCUGAUGUGAAAUAAAGGUUGUAUCUAGGUAUGUAAACAA